UUCUUAACAUUCUUACAGAUUCCUAAGAGAACGAAUUGGGAGGAAUAUAUACCCCAAGGCUCAGAUCAGUGGGAGUCACAGAUGGCCGUGUCUCAGCUGUUUGAUGAGCGGCCUGUAUGGCCAAAGGAUUCACUAACUGAACUCUUGGUUGAUAAGGGCUUCAACUUUUCAGAUCAUCUACUCAGAAGGCUUCUUUCUAGAGUCGCAUACUACUUUUCACGUGGACCGUUUCUCAGGUUCUGGAUAAAAAAAGGAUAUGAUCCUCGCAAGGAUCCUGAUUCUCGAAUAAAACUCAAUUUGUGCGAAAUAAUUGGUUUUUGUCCGUUUUCUUUUGGGGUGUCUUGCAGACUAAAGCAUAGGUGGGAGGAUAUUUGUGCAUUUCGAGUGUUUCCUUACAAGUGCCAUACAACAUUGCAACUAUUUGAACUUGGUGAUGAUUACAUUCAAGAACAGAUAAGAAAACCUCCAGCUCAGACAAUUUGCUCUGUGAGUUUCUCGAAAUAAGCUGUGUUUACAAUCCGUUUGCGUAUUCCAUUAAAUCUACUGGAAGCUAAAAACAAAGAUCUGUUUGAUCACUUAGUGUUCCUUUUUUUUUCCCUUUUGGCUUCAAAUUCCAUAUGUCAAAGAUGGCAUGUAUGAAUUUCUCAUUACUGAAUUGAGGAAGUUGAGUAAGAACAGUUGGUGAUAGAAAAGUUAAGUAUGUAC